AGCAGGGUUCCCCCCCACUCUCACCCCCCUGGCAAUGUUCCUCAGCCUGGCAUGGUACCCAGUCCCUUACCCACUGGCAGUACUCCCCUUGCUGAUCCUCACAAAAUGUCCCCCCUUUGUCACUGUCCCCCUUCAAUUCAGCACUGUCCCUCAGGCUGGCGGUGUCCCUUACCCCAGCCCCUUGCCUCCAUCCCCCAUGCUGGCACUGUCCCCUCACCCCCUGCCAAUAUUCCCCAUCCUGACACUAUCCCUCCCUCCCCCCCGCACCAUGCUGUGUCUCCCACUUUGUCACUGUCCCCCAUCUCAGCCCUCCCAGCAGUUGCCGCAAUUCCUGACCCCCUGUCUGGCAGUGUCACCCAUCCCUGAUCCCCUGACGGUGUCCCCCACUCUGACCUUCUGCCUAGUGUCCCAUCACCUGCAGGCAAUGUCCCCCUCUCUGUGACUGUCUCCCACCUUUGCUCUAUGCAGUGUCCCCUACUCUGUUGCAGUCCCCCCUCUCUGACCUCCUGGCAGUUUCACCAAUUCUUGACCCCCUGGCAAAGUUCCCCAGCCUAGCAAUGUUCCCCAUUCCUGACCCCUGGCAGUGGCUCCAUCACCCACAUGCUGCUAUAUCUCUCUGUUUCUGUUGCUUGUCCCAUGAGUCCCAGGUGCCACCUGUAACUCUACUGGAACACCCACAGCUGUCCCAUCCCUUUAGGGAUGUCCCCAGAAAAGACUGAGCCACUCAAAGUCCCCAGAGGAACAUCUCCGUGCCACGUUCCCACAUCCUGGCUGCAGAAUGGGUGGCACUUGGGACCUCAAAGCACCUUGGUGGCCUUGUUGGGUUGUCACUGCAACCCAACCCGAAGCCCAGCAUCAGGUUUCAGGAGGAGGAGCAGGGCCACAGUCCUGCACCAUCCCUGCUGUCCCCAGGACCACCCCCAGCUGCAGCAAUGCUCUCACUGCCACCUGUGCAGAAGCUGCUGCGACCAAAAUCGGUAGCAGGCAGUGAUGCAGCUGAGGAAGUGACUAGCCCAGUGCUGGCCACUGAGGCCGGGCCACCCACCUGCUACAGCGCGCUGCAUGCCGACGAGUUGCGGCCACUGGCAGCCCCCAAGGAUGAGGUGUCUGCCAGAACCGAGCAGCCACCGCGGCACGAUGACCUCAAGGAGAUGCUGGACAGCAACAAGGACUCACUCAAGCUGGAGGCAAUGAAGAGGAUCGUGGCGAUGAUCGCCCGGGGCAAAAAUGCCUCUGACCUCUUUCCAGCCGUGGUGAAGAAUGUUGCCUGCAAGAACAUAGAGGUGAAGAAGCUGGUGUAUGUGUACCUUGUGCGCUACGCAGAGGAGCAGCAGGAUCUAGCCCUGCUCUCCAUCUCCACCUUCCAGCGGGGACUCAAGGACCCCAACCAGUUGAUCCGUGCCAGUGCUCUGCGCGUCCUCUCCAGCAUCCGUGUGCCCAUCAUUGUGCCCAUCAUGAUGCUGGCCAUCAAAGAAGCUGCGUCAGACAUGUCCCCAUAUGUGCGAAAGACAGCUGCCCAUGCCAUCCCAAAGCUCUACAGUCUUGACUCAGACCAGAAGGACCAGCUCAUUGAAGUCAUUGAGAAGCUGCUGGCAGACAAGACCACGCUGGUGGCUGGCAGCGUGGUGAUGGCAUUUGAGGAGGUCUGUCCGGAGCGCAUCGACCUUAUUCACAAGAACUACCGCAAGCUCUGCAACCUGCUCAUUGAUGUGGAGGAAUGGGGCCAGGUGGUGAUCAUCAACAUGCUGACCCGCUAUGCACGCACCCAGUUCCUCAGCCCCAACCAGAACGAAUCCCUACUAGAGGAGAGUGCAGAGAAGGCUUUCUACGGCUCCGAGGAAGAGGAUACCAAGGAUGCCAAGGCAGAGGCAGCCUCAUUGGCCAAGCGCAAACCCUAUGUCAUGGACCCCGACCACCGCCUGCUGCUGCGCAACACCAAACCCCUACUGCAGAGCCGCAAUGCUGCAGUGGUGAUGGCUGUGGCACAGCUCUACUUCCACCUGGCACCUAAGGCAGAGGUUGGCGUCAUUGCCAAGGCACUGGUGCGGCUCCUGCGGAGUCACAGCGAGGUGCAGUAUGUUGUGCUGCAGAAUGUGGCCACUAUGUCCAUCAAACGGCGGGGAAUGUUUGAGCCUUAUCUCAAGAGCUUCUACAUCCGCUCCACGGACCCCACACAGAUCAAGAUCCUCAAGCUGGAGGUGCUCACCAACCUGGCCAAUGAGACCAACAUCUCUACCAUCCUGAGGGAGUUUCAGACCUAUAUCCGCAGCAUGGACAAGGACUUCGUGGCAGCCACCAUCCAAGCCAUUGGGCGCUGUGCCACCAACAUUGGCAAGGUGCGGGACACCUGCCUCAAUGGUCUGGUUCAGCUCCUCUCCAACCGAGACGAGCUGGUGGUGGCUGAGUCCGUGGUUGUUAUCAAGAAGCUGCUGCAGAUGCAGCCAGCUCAGCACAGUGAGAUCAUCAAGCACAUGGCCAAGCUCACUGAUAACAUCCAGGUGCCGAUGGCACGGGCAAGCAUCCUGUGGCUGAUUGGCGAGUACUGUGAGCAUGUGCCCAAGAUUGCACCUGACGUGCUGCGCAAGAUGGCUAAAUCUUUCACUAAUGAGGAAGACAUUGUUAAGCUGCAGGUCAUCAACCUCGCGGCCAAGCUCUAUCUGACCAACUCCAAGCAGAGCAAGCUGCUGACCCAGUACGUGCUCAACUUGGCCAAGUACGAUCAAAAUUACGACAUCCGUGACCGUGCUCGCUUCAUCCGCCAGCUCAUUGUGCCCACCGAGAAGAGUGGGGCCCUCAACAAAUAUGCCAAGAAGCUCUUCCUGGCUCAGAAACCUGCUCCCAUCCUGGAGUCCUCUUUCAAAGAUCGGGACCAUUUCCAGCUGGGAUCCCUGUCCCAUCUGCUCAAUGCCAAGGCUGUUGGGUACCAGGAGCUGCCAGACUGGCCAGAUGAGGCUCCAGACCCCUCUGUGAGGAAUGUGGAGGUUCCCGAGUGGACCAAGUGCACCAGCCGGGAGAAGAGGAAGGAGAAGGUGGAAAAACCUUUCUACUCUGACUCAGAGGGGGAGUCGGGGCCCACAGAAUCAGCAGACAGUGAACCUGAGUCUGACAGUGAGGAGAGUGGCAGCAGCAGCAGCUCUGGCACCUCCAGCUCCAGCAGCGAGGAGGAGGAGGAGGAGGAUGAGGAGGAGGAAGAGGAAGGCAGCGGGGAGCAGUCAGAGGACAAAGAAGGGGAGGAGGAGGAGGAGAAGAGGAAGAAGAGGAAGGAGAAGGGAGGCCCCCGGAAGGCAUCCCCAGGGAGCAUGGGCAGUGAGGAGGAGGAGGAGGCUGAGGGGAAAAAGGUGAAAAAGGCUGCAGGACCACAGGGGAAGAAAGGUCAUGCUGAGUCCUCAUCAGAGGAGGCGAGUGCCUCUGAGAGCAGCUCCUCGGGAUCAGACUCUGGCACUGAAGCACCAACCGUGGUGGAGGCCAAGAGGAGGAAGAUGAUCCCUAGCAGCAAGGCUGGCCCCAAGGAGAUUUCCCUGCUCGACCUGGAUGAUUUUACUCCCCCACCUCCCCAGCCUGUCCCCUCUAGCAGCAUCAUCUCCACCAGCCUGGUGACUGAUCUAGAGGGCCUCACGCUUUCCGACACCUCCUUGGCACCUGCUCUGCUGAGCCCAGCAUUUGGUGCGGUGAGGACAUAUGAGCUGCUGCACCGCAUGGCGGGCGAGGGGCUCUCAGUUGAGUACUGCUUCAGCCGCCGUCCCUUCCCGGGAGACCCGCACAUGGUGGCUGUCCAGAUCCAAAUCUCCAAUAACACCGACGCCGAAGUGAAGAGCCUGCGGGUCAGCGAGCCCAAGCUGCUUGCGGGCAUGCGGAUCCAGGAGUUCCCUGAGAUUGAGAGCCUGGCACCCGGGGACACAGCCAGCAUGGUGAUGGGCAUUGACUUCUGUGAUUCCACCCAGGCAGCCAACUUCCAGCUGUGCACCCACACACGCCACUUCUACGUCUCCAUCCAGCCACCAGUUGGGGAGCUGAUGGCCCCUGUCUUCAUGAGCGAGAAUGAGUUCAGGAAGGAGCAGGGGAAGCUGACAGGCAUGAGUGAGAUCACAGAGAAGCUGACACUGCCUGAGAAGUGCCGGAGCGACCAUGCCAUUGUCCAGCAAGUGACCUCGGCUGCCAACGUGGGACGUGUGCCCUGUGGAUCUGACAACGAGUACAGGUUUGCGGCCAAGACGGUGACCAGCGGGAGCCUGGUGCUCAUCACCCUGGAGCGGCGGGAGGGAGCAGCAGCCCAACUGACCAUCAAUAGUGAGAAGAUGGUCAUCGGCACCAUGCUGGUGAAGGACAUCAUCCAGGCCCUGGCGCAGUGACGGCCGGGCCCAUCCACACUCCUCCGUCCCUCUGCCCCGUGUCCUCUCCCAAAAUCCUCUUGUCCCUAUUACAGGGUUAUUCCCUGCCCCAGCCUCCAUGGAGCAGGUCAGGAUGAUGUCCCUCAGUGGGGACGCAGCGGCUCCAACCACCCAUCUCUCACCAGUCGCCCCGUGUAACUCUAUUUAUUAUGGCCAAUAAAGCUCUCCUCCAACCCGCA